AUGAAUUUCUCUUUAUCGAUUCGAGCGGCAGAACAACAUCGUCGAAUAUCACGAGGUUACAAUCUAAAAAGCUCAACUACCGGAGUUCCUCGUAAUAUUAAUGACUCCUCACCACUGGACUGUCUUGAGGAAACACUACAGGAGCUCGGAAAUUCCUUUGUCAAAUUUCAAGAAGAUUUUUCUAAUGUCAAACAAGUUCAUGAAUCUUUGGUUGAAUUCAAUAAGUCCUUUUCUUCAUUUUUGUAUGGUGUCAAGAUGAAUGCUCAUUGUAUAGAGUUUUCUGAGGCACCAACAAUGGAAACUUUGGCAAGUCUUGCUCAGAGGCAUGACGAGAAUAAUAAAUCCACUCCAGUUUCCACCCCAAUACCUAACAGAAAGACAAUAACACCCAUGAGAUCUUUGCGUAAGCAAACGACAGGCAGGAAAACGCGUACUCCUGCCACCCAACUUGGAGCCAACGAUGAUUCAAAAGUUUUUAAAACUCCAACACAACCACCACCAAAGAAAAGAAAAGUCAACAAAGCAUUGGCUAUUAAAACGCUGAUCAAGAAAAUUGUCGAUAGCUUGCCACCCAAAUAUCGUGAUCAACAGCAAGUAAAUCGAAAAAAUAUAGAGAUAAUUCUGAAGCUUCUAUGCGACAAGCCACUGGAAGGAAAGUACAUGGAAGACAUUAUUAAAUUAUCAAACUUAACGCGUAGUAGAUGCACCGAGUAUCUCAACGUAUUAGUUAACGCCAAACACGCGGUUAAACUUAGCCAGAAGGGUCAGUUGUUCAAACUAGAUCCCGGAAAAUAUUCUACCAUAGCAUAG